AUGCCUACAGCUACUAAAGGAGUCUUAGUUCAGUGUGAUCCAAGUAUCCGUGCACUUAUCCUACAAAUAGACUCAAAGGCUCCAGGAAUUGUUCUUGACGAAUUGGAUGAAACUCAUCUUCUCAUUAAACAAGAUCAAGUAAUGAAUGUUAAGAACGAAUUGAACAAGUUGCUUUCUAAAAAUAUUUACAAUCCAUUUGAUGAGCAGUGA